AUGAAGGGGCUGCAGAAGAACACGCUGUACGUUGGGGGUUUGGCGGAGGAAGUAAACGAAGGCAUACUCCACGCGGCGUUCAUCCCCUUCGGAGAUAUUAAGGAUGUGAAAACCCCAUUGGACCAGGCUACACAGAAGCACCGCUCCUUCGGCUUCGUCACCUUCCUCGAAAGAGAAGACGCCGCCGCCGCAAUGGACAACAUGGACGGAGCCGAGCUUUACGGCCGCGUACUCACCGUUAAUUACGCGCUGCCGGAGAAAAUCAAGGGUGGAGAAGUCGGCUGGGCAGCACAACCCAUUUGGGCGGAUGCUGACACGUGGUUCGAAAGGCAGCAGCAAGAACAGGAGAUGCAGAGGCUUCAAUCGGAGCAGAAAGCAGCAAUGCUCGAAGCUGAAGAAUUGCACAGGAAGAAACUUGCUGAGGACCGAGAUGGUGAAAAAGACGAAGAAGCUGAUUCUGCUAAGGGUGAUCCAAUGGCUAUGGCUGAAGCUCAGGUUUUGAAGCAGAAUGCAUCUUAAUUCGUUUCGUUUUAAGACACAAUUGCCAGCAGAUUUUCUUACAUAUGCUCUUUUUUUUAAUGCAGUUUCGUACGCCAUUUGUAUAACAAGUUACAGCAAAGCUAAUCUUUGUUAUUUGUGUAAUAGCAUUUCUUUAAUAUCAGACUAUGGUUGUCAAACAAUGGUUUACGAUGUUAAAAUGGAGCUUUCGAUUUUCGUUGC